CUGGCCCCAAAAUGGAAAGAAGCAGAUGUACCAGCAAAGGAAGAAUGGACACAAAAACUUAUGGAAGUUUGAUUCUCUGAGGAACAUGGCCUGAUCCAAACGGAGAAAGUACGGUUCCAAUAAGCUCCCCGCCACCUAUGUUUCCUGAUAUGACCCAACAAAGGGAGAAUGGCAUGAUCUAAAUUGUCCUUCAUCGCAAAGUUCCUCCCCACAAAAAAAUCCCCACUGAAUAGCUUCCCUAAAAGUCAACAUUUCACAAAGGGCCAUUGUCAAAAGUACAGAAAGGGAGAGAUGGAUGAUGUUUCUUCAUGCCAGCGUUGCAUAUGUCUGGAUGAGAACCAAAUUCCGACUGGCUAGGAAGCUAAAGCAUGGUUUCAAGGACACAAAUAUAUAAUACAACCUUCUUCGAGCGAAGCCAUUAGUCCUGUCCAUUGCCUCUGCUCUUUCUACCAUGCACAAAUGCAAAUAUAUACCUUUGUUGCUGUUCUGGGGCGAGCUCUGCUUCAUUUUCUUGAGUGUUGUUUGCCGAUCUACAGUUCCCAGCAUCCCUGGCCAUUGGCCAUGCAGACUGGGAAUGAUGGGAGUCAGAGACCAAGAGUAGCCUCUGGCUGGCCAUAGGUUCCCAUGCCCGGUUAAAAGAAAAAGGUGUUUUCUUUAAUCUUCUUUAAAGAAGAUUGGGAAACGUUUAUUGAAUAUAUGGGAAAUAACUGUCUGCAGCUGAAAACGCUGGCAGCAUAUGGUGCUGCAAGUGGAUGACGAAGGCUUUUUGGCAAAACCGAGACUCAGCGGGUUAGGGCGCCGAGAGCUAAUAUUGUGGGGCGACGCAGUGGCGUAGCGUGGGGGGUGCAGGGGGGCCGGCCGCACCGGGCGCAACAUCUGGGGGUUAGGGUUAGGGGGCGCAAAUCCACGGGUUAGGGGGCGCAAAUUACUUGCCUUGCCCCGGGUGCUGACAACCCACGCUACGCCACUGGGGCGAUGUGAAAUGUAGAGUUUAAACUGCUAAACCAUCCAGGGGGCCUUAUCCCAGUGUUUAGCAUCGCUUUCGAGUUCAUUGGACAAUGUUGGGUUUUCUUGACCCCACAGAUAAGGGCUGCGAGGCUAAAAUUGUGAGAAACCGUAAAACGUAGUGUUUUCACCACCAAACAUUGCAGGGAGCCUUUUCUGGGUGCUUGGCGCCGUUUUAAACUGAAUCGGACGAAGUCAGAUUUUUGGUGAAAUCCUGACCCCCGGUGGUUACGGCGCUGAGGGUUCAUUUUCUGGGGUUCUGAGCAAUGUAGUGUUUUCACUGCCAAAAGUUGAAGGGAGACUUUUCUGGGUGUUUGGCACCGUUUUGGAGUGAAUCGGACGAUAUCGGAUUAUUGGCGAAAUCCUGACCCUGGGGGUUAGGGCGCAGAGGGCUCAUUUUCUCGGGUGCUGGGAAACGUAGUGUUUUCACCACCAAACGUUGCAGGGAGUCUUUUCUGGGUGUAAAUAAUAAAAUUGUCAUUAUGGAAUUGGACGUCUCUAUUUUCAUGGGAGAAAUGCUGGGAGUUAUCCGACCCCCGAGCCCUCUGAAGGCCAUCUUGUAUACCAAACUUUAUUUUUUUAAAAAAUUAAUGUUUUAUGAUGUUUUUAUACAUGUGGGAGGCCGCCCUGAGUGGCUGAGGCAACCCCAGAAGAUGUGUGGGAUACGAUUAUCCUUAUGGAGUGGGACGUCCCUCUUUUCCUCAGAGAAAUGUCGGAGGCUCUGCCUUUCUCCUGCCCUCCCUCGGCCGCCUUGUCCCUUUUAAGGAGCGGGCAUGGCGGGUGCGGCUCCCGCGCCCCUUUCCUCCUCCGCCAAAGGCGCCAAGCCUCGCUCUCCCUUCCGCGGAAGGAACGAGAAGAGUCCAAGAUGGCGGUCGCCUCAGCGGCAGCGAUCACCUCCGAGCAGGUCAGUCCCCGGCGCCUUGCCUGGCUCCGGCUUCGGGCGGGAAAAGGAGGGAAACGCGCGCGCUCCUUCAUUUUACCGUCCCCAGAUAUCAACGGGGCGGGGAAGAAAGAGGCGGCUUCGGCUCAAGGAGGCCGGCGCCGAACCGGCCCCUUCGCCUCAGGGCGCGUCGCGGAAUUCGCCUCCGAAAAUGAACGUCCUCCCGGGAUAUUUUUGAUCGGGAACUGGGCCAAUGAAACCGGCGACGGGGGUUAAACCGUGCCUUGUAAAAGCUCCGAAAUUAUCGGAGCAUUUGCUAAGCGGGGUAUCCUGGUGGUUUAUUAUUAUUAUUAUUAUUAUUCUUUUGAAAUAUGGCAACCCGAACGCGGCGCCCGGGCUUCUGCCGUAGCCGAGCCGCCUCAGGGAAGCAGCGGAGUCGGGCGCGCCAACCUACGUGGCUCCUUCCCUUUUCCCCUCAGGACAUUCGUUACUCUUUCUUAUUUUAUUAUUUUUAUUAAUAGCUCAUUAUUCGUGGCAUUUGUCGCCUGGACACGUAUCAUGUCUGCCUUUCGCCCGGCUUUCUGAAAUUAGAACCAGCCCCCUAGUGCGCGUGAGGCGACUCGCGAGGCCCGUUUGACAGGCUCGGGAGGGCGGCGGCGGCUUCCCAAGUGAAUGGGCGCCGUAGCAAAAAUAGCCGCCUGGGGGCGGAGAAAUAGAUAGGGAGCGUCUUGCGCCUGCGCGCAGAGGAUCCAACUGAGUGUCGCUUCACCCUCGAGCAAACGCGAAGGAGGCUUGAGGGCGGAGCGACCAAUGGCGUGCCGAGAAGCUGUUGGACUACAUCUCCCAUCCGCCCCAGCCUGCACGGCCAUGGGUCAGGGAUUAUGGGAGUUGAAGUCCACGACAGGACUUUCCUUAGCCUUGGAGGACUAGGAGGGGGGCAAAGCAUAUAUAGGGAUUUAAGGGAGACUUCCGGGGAAUACGAUCAGAGACUUUCAAAGUGGAGUAUAUAAAUUCAAUAGAUAAUAAAAUAAUAAUAAUAAUCUUCUCUGAAAACGUUUUGAUGGCACAGAACCAAGUACAGUGGUACCUUGGAUUGCAUACGUCUUAGUUUGCAUACAAGCACGUCAAACCCGGAAGUUCGUGUCCCGGUUUGCAACUUUUUUUCGAUUACAACCCUUUUUUUUUUUUAAUUACAAACAAUUUGGGGGGGGGAGGCCCCAUUGGCAAAAGCUCGCCUUGGGUUACAACCUGUUUUGGUUUGCAAACGGACCUCCGAAACAGAUUAUGGUUGUAAACCAAGGUACCACUGUACAGCAAAGGGCACAACUUUUUGCUUUAAAGACUUUGCUCUCUGGUCCAGGAGCAAUUUGGUGUUGUGCAAAUCUUGCUUGUGCUUUUAGUAUGUGUCUCUCUCUCCCUGCCCCCCCCAAAAAAAAAGGUUUGACCAAGGGCUCCUUCAAAUGACCUCUUUAUAGAGCACUCAUCCAAUUUUCUUGCACAAAGCUUGCAUGGUAUCCACUCUUUAUUGAUCAUUCAUCCUGAUUUGUUCACAGGGAUGUUAUUUGCCUUCCAAUCAAUCAAUCAAUCAAUCAAUCAAAUUGUUAUCACAUUUUUGGUGCAUCACUUUCCUAACGGCAAAAAGGCCCUUUUUAAAAGAAAGUGGAUUUGUUGCAACAUAGCCCUUUGGUCCACUUUUAUUUUAGAAACCAAAAUUUCUGGUGUGCGACUGAAUCCCUCUGGCAAAAUAGUGACAGCCUGGAGGCUCCUGGCACCAUACAAUUGGGCUCUCAGCCCCUUCCAGUUCUCAGCUACUAUCUCAAACUCCCUCUUACACUUGCUUGAAUGUUUGGAACUGAAUUGCCUUUAUGUAUACAGUACAGCGUAGUACACAGCGUAUACAGCAUAGUACAUAACUCGUAGUAGCUAGGAGUUAUGCUUAGCUGUUUAUGUAGUUAUUUUAUAUGAACAACCUGGCUCUAUUACAGAGAAAUUACUGGGUGAAGAGCUACACUGCAUAUACAGAUACAUGCAACAAAAAAAGUGUACUCAUAUUCCUCCCCCCCAUAGGAGUAGCAUCCAACAUAGGAAUGUCACUAUAGAAUGUUGUAUCAUUUUAAUGUUGUUAGCCGCUCUGAGCCCAGCUUCGGCUGGGGAGGGCGGGAUAUAAAUAAACUUUUAUUAUUAUUAUUAUUAUUAUUAUUAUUGUUAUUGUUAUUAUUGCUGAAGCAGUCCUCUGCUGCAGCUGAAUGUAACUGCUUUUGCAGCAAAUUCAAACACGGUACUGUAUAGCUACAUUCUCAAGACUUUGCAAAUAAUAUUUUCUUUACAAGUUGGGCUCUUUUAAACAGUUCCUACUGUGAAAAUCCUAUUGUGGCAGAAAUGAAAAUUCAUAUCAUCUUGUUAUGAAUAGGAUAUGUUGGACUUAAUAUAUCGUUUGGGGAACUUAUUUUAAAAUUAUUUUUAGCAAAGUUCUAAUGGUCCCGUGAAGAAAUCGAUGCGUGAGAAAGCUGUGGAGCGGAGGAAUAUUAACAAAGAACACAACAGUAACUUCAAGGCUGGAUAUAUUCCAAUUGAUGAAGAUCGUCUGCACAAAACUGGCUUGCGAGGCAGAAAAGGCAACUUGGCCAUUUGUGUGAUAGUCCUCCUGUUUAUUUUGGCUGUCAUCAAUUUGAUUGUAAGUAGAACAAGCUAAUCAAAAUACUGUGAUCGUGCUUAUAUUGUUAAGUUAGACCACUAGACCAGGGGUCUGCAACCUUUAAGACAAAAAGAGCCACUUGGGCCCGUUUCCGAAGAAAAAAAAACUGGGAGCCGCAAAACUCGUCAUUAUAAAAAUAACUUUUUUGUCACUUUUUUAUUAUUUCUUUGUUUGACCCCUCAGAAUUACUCCUCCUCAUAGAAAUAAACGUUAACUUAACAAGUUACCUUUUUUUGUGUGUGUGUUCUUCACUCCCCUUCAAAACAGUGACCAGCGUACAUGCCCCCUUUCAAUGCAGUGACCAGCGUACAUGCCCCUUACAAUGUAGCGGGCGGGCGGGCGGGAAGGUGACGUCGGGACGGUGCGUGACUAACGCACGCACCGCCCCCAUGCGACGUCACAGCCAGUACAGCGCCCGCCACAGUGGGGAGUGUCGGGGCGCACAAUGCGUCUCCUCCCCUCACUAGUAUCCGCCCCGGAGCCGUGGCAAAGGUGUAAAAGAGCCACAUGCGGCUCCGGAGCCGCAGGUUGCAGACCCCUGCACUAGACGAACACUGUGAAUAUAUUUGCAGAAGUGGAGCUCUAUUGACUUAAAUAGGGCCUAACCAACCAGAUGCAAGGAACCAAAGCUGUUCUUCAAUGCUUCUAUUUAUCUUUGGCAUGGCUUGGUCACUGAAUUUGAGAACGAGCAAACUAGCAGGUCACUGGUUGUUUGGAUGGGCAGCUUACAUCCAGCUGCAGGUUAGGAAGAGGCUGCAGAGUGAGGUGUAUGGGGGGGUCAAGAGACCUGGAAAGGAAGAAGAUAAAGGAGCCCUAAGUUCUGAAAGAGAAAUCAUGUGAUGGAAUGCUGCUGAUUUGACACUAGUAUGACAUGUAUACAUGUCAGUUUACUUGCCACUUACUGUUAAAUCUGUAUAUUUGCAAGCUUUUUAAUGAAAUAUACCGUAUUUUUCGCUCUAUAAGACGCACCUGACCAUAAGACGCACCUAGUUUUAGAGGAGAACAAGAAAAAAAAUGUUCUCUCCCUCUCUGAUCAGCGCCCCUUCAGCAAAGCGGGAGGAGAAAUGGAAGUGGCUCCACUUCUCCUGCCGCUUCACUGAAGGGGCACUGCGCAGAGAGGGAAAGCUGCGCAGCGCCCCUUCAGCGAAGCGAAGCCAGGAGAGCAAGAGGGAUCGAUCCCUCUUGCUCUCCUGGCUUCAGCGAAAGCUGUGCAGCCUGCAUUCGCUUCAAAAGACGCGCACACAUUUCCCCUUACUUUUUAGGAGGGGAAAAGUGUGUCUUGUACAGCGAAAAAUACGGUACUGUAUUACUAAAGGCAUAAUCACCAAUGCUUCCUCAUCUGGAAGGAAGCUAACUGAAACCUUCAAAACUUUCUACGACUAAGGGAAAUAGGAGCACAAAACUUGUGUGUAUUUGGUUUUUGGUGUAUACAUGGUUAAUUAUGUCUCAACAGAAUUCUAAAGGUAUAUUUUUUUCUCCUUUUUAGUGCCAAGCAAGCUCCAAAUAUUGCUGCUUUUCAGUGAAAUUAUCUUCAUUACCUAUAUGCAGGGUUUCUAACCAAACUUGGAACUGUACAUGCAGAUUAUAAACAUUGGGUGCCAUUUAUGCCUAUUAAAACUAAGAGGACGAAUGGCAACAUGGUAACGUGUAUCUGUUUGGACCCAACUGUCCAUAGUACGCUUGAAAAAAAGGAUUCCUAAAAAUAAAUACAUGGAAAGGUCUUAGUUAAUUAGGUCAAAGAAAUACUCCACAACUGGUAAUAAAUUCUAUUUUGCUUCUUAGUAAACAUUCUGUAUUGCAGUCUAAGAUGUACUGUGAAUUCAAGAUAAAAAUGUACUUAUCCACUCCACAUAUAUCGCAGAAUUUUCUUACGAUCUGUAGAGAUUAACCAAUUUUCUGCUUUUCAUCCUUUCAAUGGAUUGCUAAUUAUUCAGUGCCAGACUAUGAAUUAUCAACCCAUUUUUAUUGUAUAUAGCCAAAGGCCUUUACAAUGGACACAGAAUAAAAGGAAACUUUCAUCUAAAAUCAUACAUGCAACCUGUAGUAGUUUACAACAUAAAAAGAAAUUUACAACAUUCAGACUUAAGAUUGGAGUGCAUUCACAUAGCUGGAACAGAGCUUCUUGGCUGCCAGAACAAAUUUGGCUACCUGGUAUGUAAUAUAGAGAUGUUUAUCUGCUAGGAAUUCAACUGUCACUUCCUGUGCGAUUGACCUGGAAGCCAGUUAAGAAUUGGUGAUAGAAAUUUUCCUCUGGGUGUUAUAUACAGGGGGCAAAUCAGCAGAUAGCAUGUGACGUCCUCUACCUGAUUGCAUCCAUAUAUACAUUUGCGAUCCAUAUGGAACAUUCCCCGAUAUAUCCCCUCUAAAUAUGCUGAGGGCAUCUGUUGGAAUCUUAGUUCUACAAAGGCCCUGCAUAGUUGUGGGAAGGUCAGAGUCUCAAAGUAACAGGGCCUUGAGUGAUUGGUCUUAAUUUCGGGGUACCAAGUGGAGUAGCGGGCAACAAUGAUGGAUGCUCUGUCUUGGUUGGCAUCCUGAUCAAAAAUCCAAUUUCUAUGGUCACGCGGGCUAAGAGUUAAGACUGGGCUGCUUUUUUUUCCCUAUCCUAAACUAAAGAAGUACAAGUAUUGUUUUUAAAUAUAAAUUAUUUACAGUCUGAUCAUAUAUACUUAUAAAGAGCACUGAGUUCAAUUAGGAUUGGUGCCUUAAUUUUGGUUGUCGAAUUUCCUUUCACACACAUGCAUGAAGAUGCCCUCCUUUUAAGUUAGAACCACGCAGUUUGUGAGCCACCAAAUUGAACACAACCCACCAGUUAAAUAUUGUGGCCUGCCAGGAAUCUGACAACCAGAAUUUUGUUUUGAGUCCCAGGCAAACCAGAGAUUGAUUGAGCAUCUAGUGGGUUGGCAUACAUGACUGGUGGGCUGUUUUCAGCUUUGUGAAAGUUUUGUGGGCCUGUUUUCAAGUAACAUGUUCUUCUCAAAGGUAUCUGAUCCAAGCACUGGCAUGACAAUUUCAGAAUUUACUUACAUUUUAAAAAAUUUAAUUUACUCUUUUAGAUCACGCUCAUCAUCUGGACUGUAAUUCGCAUUGGACCCAGCGGCUGUGACAGCAUGGAGUUUCAUGAUAGCGGCUUAUUGCGAUUUAAACAAGACUCUGACAUGGGAAUUAUACAUCCAUUGUAUAAGAGCACAGUCGGAGGUCGACGUAAUGAGGAUUUGGUGAUUGUUGGAGAGAACCAGCCAGUAAGUAUAUCUUCUAUUGUGUACUGCGUUCAACAUCUGAGCUGCUACUUCGGAUAUCCUUCUCCGAUGAAGUAUGACAGGCAUACCAGAAGCAGGACUUUCAUAGUAGAAGUACAUACAUACUCUCCCCUCGCCAGGGAGGCCCACCUUGCUCCAACACUGUUAUGUUUUCAGACCCUAGGUUAAAAGCCUGGCUUGUUUUAUUUGUGAUUGGUGGGAAAUGUUCUCAGGGUGGUAAUUUGAUUUUAUGUUGCUGGCUGCUGUUGCUUUCUCCAUUGUGGUAGUAUUUUUUGUAUUGCUGAUCCUGUAAAUUGUUGCUUUGUUUUUAUUUGUUGCAAGCUACUUAUUCAUUGAUUAAAAAAAGAUAUUUAGUCUUAAGUUGUUUGUCGACAGGAAGCCACAGUGCUACCAAGCACUGUAAAAGUAGCAGAUUACCUUUGUUACAUUUAACACAACACAUCUCAUUUUUUCCUGCAGAUUGUGUUUCAGCAAGGGGAAACAAAACUUAGUGUUGCAAAGAAUGGAACCUCAAUUACAAGUGAUAUUGGUAUGGAAUUUGUUGACCCACGGACUCAGAAUACUUUGUUUAGCACUGACUAUAAUACUCACGAGUUUCAUUUGCCAACUGGAGUAAAAAUUUUGAAUGUUCAAAAAGCAUCUACGGAGAGGGUAUGAUCUCUGUUUACUUUUCUCUGCAAGUUACAUGAUGCAUGCUGUAAUCUUAAACUCAUACCUUUAUUUGCAUUAUAGCUAACAUUCCAUAUAAAAAGAUGAAGCAUUUGCCUAAAUUAUUUAUUUUAAGCAUUUUAAAAUGGCCUGUGUUUGUACAUGUUCAGUAGAGAGUAUAGAAGCCUAAGGUCUACUAGUAUAUUAUAAACCAGAGAUAGGGAACUGGUUCUGGUCAGUGGCCUGAAUCAGUAGUGACCAAGCCUCUAUGGCCACUUUGAAAAGUGGCUGGGGCCGCCUAUCCAUCAAUCACCUGCUGUCAUAUGAUGUCAGGUCAUUGAAAAUUCAGUAUUCUUCCUUUGCAACAACAGCUUAAAAGUCCAGUGUGUAUGUGGUGUUGAGAAGGAAUGUACAUAUGUGCUUUGCCCACAACCACUCCUCACACCCCGAGGGAACACAGUCCUCAGAGAAGUGGUGGUAAGAAGAUCCCCUACCCCUGCGAUAUAUAUAACUGCUGUCUAAAUGAGGCCACAAAUACAGAUUGCAGUUAACUGUUAUCAGUCAAUAACAUUGAUAUGCGGUCAGUCUCUGCAGAAUCGCAGCCUCCGUCCAACAAAUGUUUUAACGGUUGAGCGGUGGUGUUUAAAAAGCAAGGCCAAUUUUGUAGGAAGGUGAGUUUUUGUGUAUAAAACAAAACUAUUUUUUAGAAAAUGCUUUCCACGGCUAUUCUCUUUUUUUCUCAGAUUACCAGCAAUGCUACCAGUGAUCUGAAUAUAAAGGUUGAUGGACGUGCCAUUGUCCGUGGAAAUGAAGGUGUUUUCAUCAUGGGCAAAACCAUCGAGUUUCAUAUGGGGGGCAAUAUGGAACUGAAAGCAGUGAGUAAUUCCAGGAUAUUCAGUUUGUAUAAAUGGAUUCAGUGAGCUAUAUAUAUGACUGCAACCAAGUUAAAGAAAUCAGAUUUGAUUUGGUUCAUCUACUCAUCUAUAGAUUUAAAAUGGCAUGGUUUUUUUAAGCCUUAUAAAAUUAUAGCUUACUGUUACGUGUCUCAAAUUUGACCUAUAGGUAUAUAUACAUCUUCCAGGUCAAAACACAUAACUGCUUUGUCAGCUUAAUAUAGUUACUUCUGGCAAGUUAAACUCGAUUAUUAGAUACAGCUACAUGCACAUACUCCAUACCUAUGUUUUCAAACAAAAACUUGUAUUGGAAUAUUUUAUUCCAAAACUAAAACAAAACAGCUCUGUUUCUUUUAGACAUAUUUGCCUGGAAAGAAAAAAAGGAGGAAAAUGUGUUGUUUUUUAGGCUAAUUACAACUCUCUUCCUUUCCAUAAAGGACCUUGUUUGACCAAAACAAGUUACGCAGAGUUGCCCGUUGCCAACAAUAGCUGGCAAGACGUAGCACACCAUUAAUUGCUGCCCUUUUGCUAAGAUACAGAGGAUACAGUGCAUGGCAAGCUCAACCUUGCAUGGCUCUUCAAAGCUACUCCCAGUCUCCACUAAGCAGAUAUUGCAGCAACCACCAUUCAAGGAAGUGCGGACCGUCCUCUUUUAAAGAGAAGGAAUUUUCUGUUUCAUGUCUGGCAACAGCAGCAUAGAGAAAGAGCCUAGUAAAGAGAGAGGCAGGUGCACAGCCUCAGAAAAGAGGUUGGUUGGGUGCGGAAACCUGAUGAAUAAGGACUGUAAGUUAGAUACGGGAACAAAAAUUUAAAGGAUUCAUUGGAUUGGUUAUAGUUGCAACUCUAGUUAUUCAAAAUAUGUCUAUCUCACCUGUCCAACAUUACAGGUGACUUAGAAUGAAGAUUGAAUGAUUUUUUUUAAAAAAACUGACAAAAUGAAAAUAAAAUACUGCAACAGCAACAAAUCCUUAUUAAAAUUCAGUGGCCCAAAGGCCUUUGGAACAGUCACUGAAAGGCUAAAAGAUAACAACUCCGAACAUCAUCCAAGACUUCAUUCCAGAGCCUUGAAGAAAACAGAGUAAAGGUCCAUGUUCCUUGCCACACUGAGUAUAAAUUUAGCCAGAGUAUUCAAAGUGUAACACUGUCAUAUAUUUGUGCAGUAGGUGAGUUUACUUUUGGCUUUCUCCCUCUGAGAUCCCAGCCGCAGAGAAUAAGUUUAGGCACACAGCUUACCAAAGCAAGAAUUGCUGCUGCUGCAGCUGUACUCUCUCCGGUACGGAAGCACAGUGCAAAUAAUUGAGAGUGAAGGAUAUGUGUAUAACUACCCUAUAUUCUAGUUAUCCCAAAGGAUCUAGAACUGUCCCACCAGGACAAGGCUGCAGGAGUGGGUUUAUUAAAGACAGACCAAUGGGGAAGAAAUGAAUGCUGUAGCAGUUGAGUAUAGAUCAAAGGCCAGUCAUUCAAAACUGCUGCAAUGGAGCAUUAGCCUUGACAGGGAUGGGUAACUCAGGCUAGUUCUAGUCCUUGCCCUCUUUCACAUGUAUUCACUAAUAAAUCAUAUCAUCCUAUUCCACAUUAAUCUAUUUUUUGAAAUUCACAUGAAAAUUCAUAUUAAAAUAUGUAUUUUCUCUCAAAAUAUGCAGCUAAUGCACUUGCUGCUUUUUUGAACUGAAAUCUAUACCAGAACAAUCAGAAGAGGGGAGGGCUGGUGGAUAACUUAAGUUUUGUGAUGCACAUUAAGCCAGAAGGUACAACGAUCCAGUGUUCGAAACUCCCAUUGUUUUAGGCGGCCUGGGUGCAGCCUGUGAUUUCAGAUUAAAACUGCAGAGUGGAAGGAAAGGAGGCCCUUUUUCUGCCUCCCCACUUCCAGCUACUCUCUGAAGACUGGAGAAGAGACCCUCUUAAGAAUACUAGGGGGGCGGGCAGGGGAAGGACUGAACCAUGCGAAAAAUGAACAUAAUAUUUUAACUGCAGUUCAUUCAUUUUCAGCUUGUAUUCUUGUUAUAAAAAACUGUGCCUAGACAUUCCAUUGUUGCGCCCAUAACCUAGGCUUAAGGUGCCAUGUAGCUCCUAGCUUUCAUAUCUGUUUCUAACACAGCAAAGAUCCCUUAGCUAUCCCACAGCUGAAUGGUAGAGCCUGUGCUUUUCACGCAGAAGGGUCCUUGGUUUAAUCCCUGGCAUCUCCAAUUAAUUAAUAGCAGGACAAGGAAUGUCAUUUGUCAGAUAAGAGAGCCACUGCCACAUUAAGCUGAGUAGUCAAACUCCGAACAAGGAAGCUUCUUACAGUCAGUUUCUCUAACAUUAAGGUAUUAAAACAGAUACGUUUAUUCAAUUGGAAAUACUGUUGCUAACUUCUGCAAAUGUUUCUUUGGCAGGAUAAGAGCAUUGUUCUAAAUGGAAGUGUGAUGGUCAACACAGCUCGACUGCCGAGUCCUUCACAUGGGGAGAAAUUAAACAAUGGCGACUGGGAACGCUACAAGCUUUGCAUGUGCUCCGACGGGACUCUAUUCCGCAUUCCAGUUAAGAGCCGCAACAUGGGUUGCCAAACCUCAGUUAAUCCCUGCGGUAAUACAUAUUAAAAGCAAAACAGGGCACUAUCAAACGAGGAAGAGGUUAGGUUUAAAACAGUUGCAUGUUUGCAAGCUUUUUUGUUGUUGUUUUUACCACGCUUGUAAAAGAGCUACAUGAAGCACUUUUUUUUACCCAAGACACUACAUUGAACAGAUUCUUUUAAACGUGAGUCGUAUCAUCAGACCAUUUGUGCUACAUAUUACUGUAUUUCAGUAAGGUACUUGAGUACAUUCAUCACUCCGGAAGUACUUUAGGAUAUAGCUGAAUUGAAGUCACUGAAAUCUUUGUGAAAGGUCUAAUGGUACCAAUCUCUGGCUUAUCUAACCUUUGGAAGCAUACUUUCUGCAAGUGGUGAGAACCUUCGGGUGUGCACAGAUCAGUGUAUAUGCAUGUGAGAAUAGGAUGGCCUCACCCACUACUGGCAUGUGGGCUUCUGAAAAUUGGCUGGGUGGUGAGCAUAGCCUUGGGCCAAAAAUGGCUAGCCAUGCCUUGGCUAAAGGUUGUGUGCCUACAUGGCAGUCUUCAUGUGCCCCCUAGUGGUGCAUGAUCUAUUCACAUCCCCACCCUUUGUUUUCAUAUACAGUGGUAGCUCGCAAGACGAAUGCCUCGCAAGACGAAAAACUCGCAAGAUGAAAGAGUUUUUCGUUUUUUGAGUUGCUUCGCAAGACGAAUUUCCCUAUGGGCUUGCUUCGCAAGACGAAAACGUCUUGCAAGUUUGUUUCCUUUUUCUUAAAACCGUUAAUACCGUUAAAAUCGUGCUUCGCAAGACGAAAAAACUCACAGAACGAAUUAAUUUCGUCUUGCGAGGCACCACUGUAUGCCUCAACAGAAUAUGCUGAGCAGUAUUUGUGGGGGGAAACACGUCUGAACUGUGGUGCUUUGAAUCCUUUAGGAUUAUGCAGAGACUCCUCACCAACAGCGCAAGUUUCCGUAUAAAUAGGUUGGCAUUUCAUCUGGGCAAAUAUCACAAACAAGAUUAGUUUUUAAAAAGAUUUUGGGUGCUUCAGGGUAUUGAGUACAUUUGAUCUCCCUUUUUAGCCCCUCCUGUGGGUUGUCUCUGUGCAAAAUAUUUAUAAGAAAGGAGAGGCUCUACAGGAACAAAAUUCAGGAACAGUUAUGAAAUAUUUUGAAGUACAGGGCGCCAUCAAUGUAUUGGCUUCCUUCUGCUGUCUUCAUAGGUUCUGCAUUUUAUUUGAAUAUUAUAAAUUAUUUUUAAAGCCUGCUUUUAGCAAUAGUAACAAGCAGCUUAUUUUCCCACAGAGAAAAAUAACAUUCUUGAGAUAAAAAUUUUUAGCUUAAACUGCUUUUUAAACGAGAAAAAAAUUGGAAGGCAGUUCGGAGACUAAUUGGGAGAUUUUAAAAAAAUAAACCCUCAUGUUGGCAGGGUAUAAGUGCAAACCUGACUUGCACAUUCUGUAGAGAAAGAAAAUGGUGAUACAUUUAUCUGCGUGAACAGCAUUCAAAGCUGUACAGAGAAAUAUGAUUGGGGCUAUUCUAUAACUAUCUUCUACAACUAAUUCCAAUGCAAAUUUGUUAUCCUGUGACCAAUCACUUCAUAGUGCAUACACAGAAAAUACAGUUAAUUCAGUGUAGCACUUGAUUGGUACGGGUUGGAUAUAUUUAAAUGUCAUUAUGAAAUGGUGUAUUAAAACUACUAAACCAAAAUUAUCACAGCUCCUGUUAACCCAUUAGCUGCUUUGGCAGAAACAAUUGUGUUUAUAUUAGUUACUUUGUUACUUUUGAACUUUAAAUUAUUCCUUUUAAUUCCUCUUUUAACUUGCUAUUUAUGUAUUAGCCCUAUACAGGGAUAACAAUACUGAUUUACAUUAUCUCAGGACUCACAGCAGUGACAUAAGGCACGUGAAAUGCUUUGAACACAUGACAUGUGUUACAUAAGUGGUAAAUAUUAGUACAGCUUCAGCCUCUUCAUGCCCUGGAUGAAUGGGGUUAAAAGCAAAAACCCUCAGGCAGCUGAAUGGUGCCAUCAAAAUUCGCAGGAUAAUUUGUAUACUAAUCAUAUGCUAGAGUUUUGAUGCAUUUUAUCAGAGUUGAAUGAGUCAAGCAGCCAGGCAAUUGUUCAUUUUGAUUCUGGCAGUAGAUAGCCUCCUAACAGCAUAGUUUAGGCUACUUUGACUACAAAAUAGCAGGAACUGUAACAUGAAAGGCAAAGGUCUUACUUUAAAUAUUAACAAAAGCAAACAUAGUAUCAACAGAUUAAAGUCAGUGAAAUGUCUUCCUUUUAAUAGAAUUUUAGGACUGACAAUAUUUGGAAGGCAACAGUUGUUCUGGCUUGAAGCCAAAGAAGCCCAUGCAUGCAUCUGAAGUACUUUGGAACACACAGGGCCUUCGCUAGUGUUUAUUUCCCAUGGCAGCCCUUCAGAGAGCAUCAGGUGCUACUCUGGAUGCUGCCACAACUUUUCAGCAUCUGCCAUUGGGGGAUAAGGUGGAAUGAAAGGUCCAACAUAUAUGUAAGAGACAUUUUUAAAAAUGCACUGCGGGAACAAUGAAGAAACCUCAUUGAUAACAGGCAUUUGGCUCAGAGCAUCCCUUCACAGGAUACCAGUCUGCUUAAAACUGUUGAUCUUAUUGUUAAGCCAGUCAACCUGCAAGUGCUACAAUGUGCCAAAACUAAAUUUGGACAGCAUGGUCCUAAAGGAAAACCCAAAUAGUAGCAAUAAACUUUAAAAGGGUUUUUAAUUGAACACUCCUAAACAAUCUCUGCGAAUGUAUUUUUUCACUGUGGUGCUGUUGCUAUUUAUUUGCACAUUUUUUUACUAAAAAGUUACUUUAUACAAAACGAAAGUGUUAUUAUUGGUUUUUAACUUGCUGUGCUGCUUUCUGUGUGUGGCUGUUGUUUUUUUUAGGACAGGACUUUUCUAAUCCUUUUAUGCCUUUGAUUCUGAUGAGCUGUAUACAAACUGUACCUCUGCAUUGAGGAGCAGUUUGGACAUCUAACAAUUGCUAAGAGAUGUUCUCCUGUACACCUUUGUAAACUUUUAUUUCAAAAUAAAACUAUAUGGGAUAGUCCAUUUGAAAUGGUUUCAAAAAUCUAGCCUCAUACAUCCUAAGUUGGUUAUUAUAGAAGCUGUGUAUAAGCCACACACACUUUGGGUGGUCUUCGACAAGCCAUUCUUACAUAUCUUUCCCACCAACUAUACAAAAUAAUAAUAGUGGUCUAGUUCAGGGAUAGGCCCAAUCGCCUUCUAAAUCUGGCCUGCAGAUGGUCUGGGAAUCAGCGUGUUUUUACAUGAGUAGAAUGUGUCCUUUUAUUGAAAAUGCAACUCUGGGUUAUUUGUGGGGCAGAGGAAAAAAAAUUCAAAAUAUAAUCUGGCCCACCACAUGGUCUGAGGGACGGUGGACUGGCCCCUGCUGAAAACAGUUGCUGACCCCUGGCCUAGUUGAUAGAUUUUAAGGAUUGCUGAAUGUUUGUGCAAAAGACUGCAAACACUAAACAGACCUGUGCAAUUUGUGACUUUACAAACGUUGAAACAUAGCAACAUAUUGUAGUUUACUUAGAUGAUCAACUAACUGCCCCAAGGCAAGAACAGACAAUAAGUUGUAGUGGGACUGUGGUCAGAGCUUUGUCGGUCACAAGAUUUGUUUGUUCUUAUAUGUUGUAUAAAUACUAAAUACUGUCCACCUGUAUAAAAUUAUACGCUUUUUGCACAUACAGUCAAAAGUGCGGGUAGCCACAAAAAUCAACUUUUGAAACAAAAAAACACAAAUAUUGUUUUAUAUGUGGGAUGUUGGUUUUACACAAAAAUUGCAGAGUACCAAACUCAGGUUAGGUAGUAUAACAGUACUUCAGUCAAUUUGAGCCACAGGACUUUUAAAUAAGCACACCUCAAGUUUUCAAUAUGGAAAUGGCUAAGACAUAAAAAGCUGUCAGUGUCGUCAGGUAAACUACUGUCUCUGCCAAAACAGUGUGUCACAAAAAGAAUUGUAACACCACCAUUCCCCCCCCCCAUUCCAGUCGGUGGACUCUAUGCAUUUACACAACUAUAUGAAAUGACAAAGUCUAAGGCUUUCAAGAGGUAUUAACAGUUGUAAUUAGCCCGGGCGUAAAGCAGAUCCUUACAGUUCAACUUCAGAGUAUUUAAGCACUGUUUGAUUCAUGAUUCAGGGAAGAGAAAUCCUAAUAAGUUAAUGACAUUCUAGUACCUCUAAAGGGGGAGAGAGGAAACCCCCCACCAAUGCUCAGUAACUAGAAUACAGAUACUUACAGAUUACUUUUUUAAAAAUCUGUAUAUAGAUACUUUAAAAAGGUAUAAAUUAGUUAUGCAACACAAUGCACCUGCUACUUGAGAGACAGAUGUGUACUGAUUAAAAUUACAUACACAGUGUAUGUUUUUAUGAUGCAUUUAUACUAUUGUAGAUUCUAAUAGGCAACACUUUCCCAGUUUUGUUUCCUUUAAGUUACAAAAGAAGAAAUGGAUUUGCACUACACUAAUCAAAAUCACUUCAGAUUACAAGGACCAAAUUCCAUAUUCAGUAUUCAAUCUAUUUGGCAAAAAAAGGAAAAUUAUACUGGUAUGUGGUACAGUAUUGCCCAAGAAUUUUAUUUAUUUAUUUUAAUUCUUAAAGUCAGUCAUGUGUGCCAACAAGUUACAUCUUUGGUAUUACAUAAGGAUCCUAUCUGACAGCAUCUGGAGUCCAAUUUCACCUUGGACCAGUUUCCCACUCAUGUAUUAGUUUACAUACCAGGUCUUUUAAAAAAAAAAACUUACAUCAAUCAUUUUUAACUUACAUCAGAAUAAUGCACAUACAACAUCUUGCCAGAAUGAUUUUUGUAGAAAAGGCAGGGACAUUUUCUGCAGACAAUGGAACAGCCACUCUUAAAAAAAAAAAGCAUACCAAACAUACUACUUAGGAAUUUCAAUGAUUUAAGCUUAUGAAAAAUGAACAGCUUGUCUGAAAGCUGCUGUUUACUUGAAAAAUGUUACACAAGCAACAUGGAAAAGUUUUAAGCUCCAACAGAGCUCACUUUUCUGUUGGAGAAAGAAGUCAAUACUGUCACAUGAUAGAAGGCUGUGUGCCAUUUAAAGCCAUCCAAGAAGCAGACAUAUGAAAAUCUGUUAAAUGACUAUGUCAGUACAUUUAAUCAUAAACUGGGCUACGAGCAAUGGAUCUUGCUUUUCAUUUUCCUCAAAUCUGGUUACGUAUAUCAGUAAGAAAGUUUUUGUUCUAAAUUGAUGGUUAGCUACAUUUAGGGCUACAGGUUAACCUGUGCCACUCCAGAAGUUGCUGGACUCCCAUCAGCUCUAGCAUGCAAAGCAAGCGACCAGGGGAUGAUGGCAGCCGCAUUGCAGCAAUAUCUGGGAGGGCAAAAGGUUGACCCAACCCUGUUUCAGAACCUGCCUUUCACUGCAAAAUUCAAGGGCCAGUUCUCACUUUUUCUUCUUGGGAUAUUUAUAGCAGAGUAUAAGAUACAAAAGCAGCUCGCUGACCUGGGUCUGGCAUAUAAAAUUAUAUGCACCCCUGCACAUCGCAACAUUAUGCGAGACAGGAAGCGCUUGCGAUGAUAAUGGGGGUGGAAAGAAGAGACUGCAGCCUAGUACUACUUCACAGAGAGAGAGAAAUGCUUUGCACAUGUACCUUGAAUCCUGGCUUGUGGCUUGUAGCACAACUGAUUGUUUGGAGGCAAUAAAUUUUAAUCCACCCAAUGCCUGUACAUGUUGCACCAGUAACUUCAGAAUCCAGAACCCAUCUAUUCCCAUUUGCUGUUUCAACUGUAAAGAAAAGACAGAUUUUACAGCAUGGUCUCUUCACAAUUUGAUGAGGUGCUUUUGUUUUGUACUCUAGUAGUCAUACCCAAGCAUAAAAAUUUAAAGUGAGACUCUGUCCCAAAAGCCCGUUAUCUGAUACUUUUAUGGACCUUAUUUAUAAUACUUUUUAUCUUUAAACUAGAUCGCACAAAUGGCUGGAUCACGGAUUCUCAGCAAAAUGGCUUGCAAUAAAGCCUGCAUUCCCCCACACCUUCCUUUGAGAGCUUCACAAGCUUUUCUUUAUGGCUAUGCCAAUUGUAAUACAUGUAGCACUUUUUUAAAAAACCAACAUGAUUUAAUAAGCAACUUGACUACUCAAUGCUGCCUUGUGGAAAUAUCGCAACCUGUAGAUAACACUGUAUGUUUUAUACAAGCAAGCAACAAUAGGAUCCAUUACUUUUUUGUAUUUGUUUUCAAUAGAACAAGUUAAACAAAAGGGUAAGAUUUUACUAACACGGUAUUUUAUUUAUAUCCAUAAUGGCUGAUUUUGUGAAUAGCUUUCAAAUGUCUAAAUUCUAAUACAACCAUCACAGCAGGGAUACAGAGAGCUGUACACACUGAGACUUUUCAACCUCACUAUUCUGGUGGUAGACCUCCACCUUCUGCCCUCCCAAAGGUUAAGGGUCAUAAUAUUCCAUGUUGUGAUAUCACUGGAAACAGAUAAAAUUCAGCACCCUCUUCAGUGCAGAAUUAUACUGGACUGGGAUCUAAAGAGGCUGAAUUCAAUGAAACACUGAUUUACAAGUACCCAGUCCUAAAAGGUUGCUGCUAACCAAUAAUUUAAGCAAUUUAAUGAUAAAAUAAAGGAAUUUGCACUGAUUUUACAUUUAGGCUGAGUUCAAAACAACACGUUUACUUGUGGUUUAACUUCCUCUAACAACAAAAAGAAAGCCUGCUAAUGUUUUAUUGCAAACUUCAUUUUUAGCACUCUGUCCAUUAAUUUAACAUUCACCAUUGGAUUUUUGGAAGUAUUUCCGCAGUCUGCUACCCACUAAGUAACCUUUGUCAAAAAUUCAGUAUUAAACUUUAUAAUGAAGGCUGAGGCAGAGAUAACAUGAAAAGACAUUUCUUAGCACAUUAAUUCGGCUUCCUCAAGCAAGCAAUGGCUUGAACUUUCAUGUACAUACAGAUAAGAGUGGUCCCAAAUGAGUGACAAUGCUGGUGAUUAGUGAGCCCAUUGCCUGCAACAGGCAUUCUGCUAGGAAAUCCAAUCCCUGGAAUAAAAGAUGCCAUUGCCUUCUUUAGAUUCCCAUGUUUGCAAGGCUUUUUGGUUCAGAUUUAACAAGAGAUUCCAGACCUUGAAACUCACCCACAAAUCUAUGUUAAAUUUUACAAGAGGCUUCAUUUUGCUUUCAUCAUCAAUACAGUCAAAACACUAGAACAGCAAAACUGAAAUAAAGAAAUAUGCCAUUUUACAAGUCUAAAACCCUUUUUUUAAUCAGAUUUAAUCUGUACCUAUUUGCGAACUACAGGAGUAUGAAUAUUAGGACGUCAGCAGUAUCACCAAGUGGAAAUCCUUGUGGCACAUACAACUCUAGUCAAGCUAUUACACUUUUAACAGGUUUUCAAUAAAAAGACAGCCAAUACUUGCUUACUAAACAAAACUGAAGUUGGGUAUCUGCAUGUGAAGAAAUCAUACUGCAGGAUAUCCUCUCCAAAAUUGGCAUCUUGUCGCUAACUGGCAAUAGUUCCACGUGGUAACAGUCUCAACAAUCACUUUUUUCCUGAAAUGUUACGUCCGAGACCAAAUUAAAAUUAAAAAUUAAGUUACAUGGUUAUUUAAUGCAACUAGAAAUAUGCCACAAAAUUAUUUUUACAAUACACUUCUGGAGUAACUCCUAGGUGAAGCUUUUUUUAUACACAUAUACAAAAUUUAGACAGCAAUAUACACAUAAAUCACAGUGAGGAUGCUGGUUAAGUUCACCAUCUGUAGUGUAGAUACAAAAAUGCAAAGCAGCCUUCGAAGAGAACAAUGCUACACAGCAAGCAGAGCUGGCCUCUUAAACAGCAAAACACCAAAAGGUCCCCAAAAACGGGAUGCAGUGCAGGAAAAGCAGCAUGCGCUUUUAUACAAAUAGCAGUUUAUGGCUAAUGGUCGACAUAACUGUAGUAACAGGGACUCUUGAGCGGCUGUGCAUAGUUAAAAUUCCUAUGUCAUUUGUUUCUCUUUAUACCACUCCACAAAUUCAUCCAGCAACACUGGCCCUGCAAGAAAUAAAAGCCACAAAUAAAAAAAAACCUUUUACACAGAAAAAGAAAAGUCUGGAAUGAACAGCUUCUGGAUAGUAAGAUAUGGUACAAUAGAUUGUAGCUUUUCGUGCAAAUACGUACAUGCUCCAUCUUCAUCAUAAUUGCUGAGGUCAAGAUUAAUGGUUCGGCUGAACUCCAGAACAUUGCACCAUUGGUCCUUGUUGAUGACCUUGUAUUUAGAUUGCUGAUUAAAAAAAGAGGAGCAGUUACUGAAAUCGGAAAUGCCUGACUUUUCAACUACUGUAUAUUGUUUGGCUUUGUGGUCACUUCAGAGAUUCAAAAUGCCUUUUGGAUGAAACGGCCGGCACUCAAGGAUGUUACGAAAGCCCAUUUUAAGAGUAUAACAAGCAAGCUUAAUACACUGGAACCGAAGUACCAUAGCUGUAAUGUGGUGUCAGGAAUAACGCUCCUC